ACUACACAAAGUUCUACUCUCGUGUGCUGUACGAUGCCGCUGGUCUGGCGAUGGGCCGUUCACGUCUUCUGCCAGUUCUACUGAAGAUAUGUGACAUGGACUUUCUUCUCAAGUAUGUCCGUGCUUUGACGGAACCAUCUGAAAUGCGGAUGACGAUAUCUCUUAACGUUACAACUAUCACGUAUCUAAUGGAAAGAAUCCUCACAGACAUUGCAAAAGGAAAGGUGGUAGAGAUGUCUCAAUACUUGUCGCUUCAAAGUGAGAUUUUCUUGGAAAACUUGGAGAACUACAGUCGCAGCAGAAACAGCGGAGAGACAGAAAUACUACAGGCAGCGGACCCACCUCAUGGCUUGUCUCUGUUGUACUGGUCAGUGUGGACAGGCUGUGACUGGCUAGUAAACUGGUGUCUGGACUUUAGCAUCAAGAACGGGAAAGCCCCUUCUAGCCUUCUACAGUCUGCUUUUGUUUGGGCUUUUGCAUACAGAACAAUGUGUUUCAAAACCAGUAAUAUGCAAAGUUUAAAACUGCUGCAGUUAGUUAACAAAUUUCAGUCAGAGUUUGAUCGCCAGGUCUCAAAAAUAUUCCUUCCGUUUCCAGAUAAAACACUUUUUCUCUCUACAUUGUCUGAGUCGAUUUAUGAUCAGAUUACAUCUUGCAGUAGUCUGUUUUACUUACGGGAUCCAUCUUUACCUAUACCGUCAUCUGCAAUGAUCAUGGACAGAAAAGGCGAAUCGCUUCACCUGGAGUUUCGUAGCAAGCAGGUGUACCAAGCAUUAAGACUGCUGUGUGAGACACACGUGAGCCAAGUUGAUGACGAAGGCAACACGUUAUUGCACGUUGCUGCAGCAGCCGGUGACGCAGAUGUAGUUGAGCUCGUCGUGAGAAGUGGAGCGUUGCUCACCACCAGGAACAACAUCAACCUCACGCCGCCUCAGGUGGCACAGAGACGCAACACAGGUGGGGUGAAAACACGAAAGUAUUGUCGAAAAGGUAAGCACAUACACAAAGCUUGUCAAGAUGGCGAUAUGGUUACUGUAAAAGUUCUUCUCUGUUGUGGUGUGAGUGUGGACGACAGAGACAGUGAAAACCGAGUUCCACUGCAUGCAGCUUGUCAAGAAGGUCACAACGAGCUUGUGAGUUUUCUCCUAGAACUGGGUGCUGAUGUGAACUUUGUGGAUAAAUCUGGGUCUAGUGCUCUACAUGUCGCCUGUGGGACAGGCCGUGAAGAUACUGUAAGACUUUUGAUCCAACAUGGCGCUAAUGUUAACAUGUUUGACAGCUCAAGCAUGACGGCAAUUCACAGAGCCUGCAGUCAGGGAAAUAAACAGUGCGUCUCCGUUCUCCUGGAUCAUGGAGCUGACAUCAGUGUGAAAGACACAAAUGGCUAUACACUUCUUGACUACGCCUGCUAUUUUGGAAAAAGGGAGACGGCAGCCUUACUGAUACACCGUGGGGCUGAUGUCGAUUCCAAAUCCACAGACGGCCUUACACCUUUACAUUCUGCCUGCAGGGCUGGACAGACAGACAUUGCAACUCUCCUGCUAGACCGCGGAGCUGACCUUAAUGCUCAAUGCUCUAAUGGGUUCACACCUCUGCACCUUGCCUGCAGCGACGGAAAGAAGGAGACAGCGGAUUUUCUGCUAGACCGUGGAUGUAAGCUAAAUGCCAAAUCCACCAAUGGAUUCACUCCUCUCCACUCGGCCUGCAGAGCUGGAAAGGUAGACAUUGUAGUUCGCCUGCUAGACCUUGGAGCUGAUGUCCACACGAAGUCCACAUAUGGUUUUACACCUCUGCACUCUGCCUGCAGCAAGGGAAAGACAGACACCGCAGCUCUGCUGCUAAGCCGUGGGGCUGAUCUCAAUGUGAAAUCUUCAGAGGGGUUUACACCUCUACAUUCUGCAUGCAGAGGGCAAAACAUAGACACUGUCACUUUGGUGCUUGACCGCGGUGCUCAUCUCAAUGCCAUAUCAACAAAAGGCUUCACUCCUCUCCAUUCGGCUUGCAGAGCGGGCAACACGGACACUGUAGCCCUGCUGCUGGAUCGUGGAUCAGGUGUCAACGUUACAUACAUGAAUGGAUUCACACCUCUACACUGUGCCUGCACUGAGGGCAGGACAGACACUGCAGCUCUACUGCUAGACCGUGGAGCUGACCUCAAUGCCAAAUCCACGAAUGGCUUUACACCUUUGCACUCUGCUUGCAGGGCGGGAAAGACUGACACUGCAGCUCUGCUGCUAGACCGUGGAGCUGAUCUCAAAACCAAAUCCACAAAGGGGUUCACACCCCUGCAUUGUGCCUGCAGUGAGGGAAUGUCCUGCAGUGCAGCUCUUCUGCUUUGCCGUGGAGCUGAGGUCAAUGUCGUGUCCACAGAUGGCUUCACGCCUCUGCACUCUGCCUGCAGCAAGGGGAGGACGUACACAGCAGCUUUGCUCCUUGACUUUGGAGCUGAUAUCAAUUUGACAUCCACAAAUGGUUUUACACCCCUGCAUUCUUCCUGUAGUGAGGGAAAUACAAACACAACAGUUCUGCUUCUAGACCGUGGAGCUGAUCUUAAUUUUCGAUCAUUAAAUGGCUUUACUCCUCUGCAUUCAUCAUGCAGAGUGGGAAGGACAGACACCGUAGCUCUACUCCUUCGCCGGGGUGCCAAAGUCAAUGCAAAAUCUACCAGUGGGUUUACACCUCUGCACUGUGCUUGCAGAGAGGGAAAGACAGACACCACAGCUCUGCUACUAGACAGUGGAGCUGAUAUUAAUGUGAGCUCUGUUAAUGGGUUUACACCUUUGCACUGUGCCUGCACAGAGGGAAAGACAGACACAGCAGCUUUGCUUGGAGAUCGUGGAGCUGAUUGUAAUGCCAGAUCCAAAACUGGUUUUACACCUUUGCACUCUGCCUGUAGAGCUGGAAAAACAGAGACUGCCGCACUGUUGAUAGACCUUGGAGCCGAUAUUAAUGUCACAUCUACUCAUGGUGAAUCACCUCUGCAUUCUGCAUCCAGUGAGGGGAAAACACACACUGCCGCACUGCUGCUGGACCGCGGAGCUGACUUCGACUCUCGGACCACCAACGGCGAAACACCAGCAGACCUUGCCCAGAAGAAUGGUCACAAAGAUACCGCCGAUUUACUGUUGAUGUGGAGCGAUUGA